UGAUAAUAAGACAUGAAUCUAUGUUAAUCUGUUUUAUCUUCAGCGUUAUACAUUGUAACACCAAACGAAAGAGCGAGCUUUCGGAACACCCCGGAAAAGUAUCGUCAGUUUUUUAUUGCGGGUGCGAUAGAAUGGUGGGGGAUUGCUGUAACCAAUGAGCCCGCAAAAAGCGGCUCCUGCGCGAUGCGCGUGGCGCGCUGCGCCGCAUAAUCUUGCAUAUCAGUGAUCGGCAGUGCCAUCCAGAAGGCAGUAGGUUACGGGUUCUAAACGUGGUGAAAUUUAAGGAGUCCUUAUUGGUGCGAUUGGUGAAAAAGGAAACGUGUGAGGGGAUAGAGGGCACACGAUAGUAGGUGCACGAUACUCGCGAGUGUCGGAAGAUCUAGUGCCGAGCCAUCAUGGCGAAUCCACGAAAGUUCAGUGACAAGAUCGCGCUACACAAACAGAAGGAAGCACAGGAAAGAGCGGCGUUCGAGGCUAUCAUGCGAGAAGUUUCGGAUUACACAAGCAGAAUCCACUCGGCGAGCAGCUCGGUGUGUGCCAGUCCCACGGGAUCCGGGGUACUGGAGACUCCUUUGUCCGUGAAGAGUGCCGGGGCCAGCCCACCGCAGUCCAGCGGCAAACACCUGCACAUUAACCUGGGGAAUCAGUUCAGGGCGGGUGGCUCUCUGCCGAAUGUUAACAACAACGCGAAUUGCGCCAAUGACGCGAAACAACACGCAUCGUCGCACAACGCCGCUAUCCACUCGAUCGACCUUAAGGAUCCGCCGUACCGCAACAACGAGAGGGGAAGGAGCAUGGGGGUCGGGCCGAUGCGGUCGCGGCCCAUGGAGAAGAGGCACGAUACCUCGCCGUACAGCGGCGUCCCGUAUCUGUCGCCGCCGCCCCCGGACACGUGGAGGAGAACCAAUUCGGACUCGGCACUCCAUCAGAGCGCCAACGAAGCGUGCCAAUCGACCACCACUAUCCCCCAUCGGCGAGAUCAACACCCCAUAAGCGGAUCCGGGAGCGAGAACAGAAACUUGCAUUACGGAUUCAUCGAACGGCCGAGAUCCUCCUGCGAGAUACCCCGAGUGCCUGGAAACAACAUAGAUCCGAGCUCUCAGCCAGCGGGGCAGCAAAUUCCCAUAGGGAACACGCGAUCGUUGCCCGACCUGGCCCAUUUCCAGUCGGAUCAAGAGGAUCACUCGAGCAGCACGACGCCGUUCAGCAACAACCAUUUAUCAGUGCCUGUUAACUCUAGGUUUCUUCACACGUGUAAGGGUGUGGCGUUGGAGAACAGCACAAGUACUUCGCAACAGGAUCUUCAGAGCUACUCGCAACAACCGCCGAUGGCCCAGCCGCCGACGGCGACCACCCACAGCCCGGCCGGCCACCACUACAUUUAUCAGCAACCGCACAGUCCUGUGCCACCGCAAAGUCCGAAGUCGUCGCAAACGCAGCAACCGCAGCUCAACUCGUUGGGCUCGUACAGAUCCUCGCAGCAGGUGAACAGGCCGUCGCCGCAGUCGUCGCCCGGGCUAACGAUUCAAGGGAGCCCGUUGAGCUACAGCAAUAAUCCAUCGGCGCCUCCCAGCCCCACGGGUCACCCGGGUCCACCGAACUUGACGUCGGAGAGCAUCGACCAAAACAGUUAUUUCAUGAACCAGGCACAAGCGGCGGCGCUUCAACAGGAUUUCGAGCAGUUCACGAUGGGAGUGGAUUGGCCGAAAUUCGCGCAGCAGCUCAUGGAACUUGGUUGCACCUGGAGCACGCAGAUAGAGAUGGACAACCCUGUGCCGACCAACAUGAUCGGGACGUACAUCGGUUCGCCGAACCACACCACGAGUUACGCUCAGAACGACGCGAUGAACGUGGGCGGCGAAUUGGGGAGCGGGGACGCGGGGUACUUCAGCACGAGCCCCCAGGUCCCGUACCAGCCCGCCACCACGACGGCGACGAGCAACAACACGACAGCCACCCAACAACUCACCCCGCAGACGCCCAACACCCCCACCAUCAUCCUCACAGAUUUCUCGGGGGCGGACGAUCUGACGAAUCCGGAGUUCGUGAAGGACCUCGGCUCGGCGAUGAUGGGCGACUUCGACCCGGACAUAUUCCCGUCGGACGACGCGCUCAGGCAGGGGUUAGACCCGAUCGACAUGGACGGGCUGCAAAUGCUCACCGACCCGACCAUGGUUAUAUCGGAUCCGAGCGCCGAGGCCCACUUCAGGCGGGAUCGACUCUAAAGGCGAGACGAUUUUCACAACCAAUUUUCACAUUCGCGCGCCGACUAUUAUUAUUGUUAUUAUUAUCAUCGUAGGGAAGAGAGAGAAAAAAGAAAGGAAAAGAGGGGGAAAGAAAAUUAACAUCGCGAAUUUCUUGUCUUGCGAUUUGUACGCUUCUUCGGAUAAAUUCGAUCCGUUUCCAACGGGAAGUUCUUUACGACCAACGACGCGAUGAUUCUUCGAGGAGAUAUAUUCGAAGGGAAUAGAAAAGAGAAUGUGGAGAAUGAAGAAGAGAAUGCUUCUCCGUUGGACGAUCGAAAAUGAUAGAUCGAAGGAUAUAUUUCGCGUUGGAAAUGCUCCCCCCAUGCUCGUGAUAAACCGUUAAAUCGAGGAUUAAGUAAAUACAAAUCUUUAUUAACCCUUUUUUUAUUUUAUACUACUUUGUACAUUGUAUCAUGUAUGAUCUCUAAGAAGCACAAAAACCGAAAAUGUCUACUGAUUUGUACAUGCUUUUGUCGUACGCGAUAUCCCGUAGCGCGAGGCAAAAGAAGAUGGAGAGAAACUACACCUGUUGUGUAGUUUUACUACGAAAUUAACCGUUAGUUAGCGGGGAAAGAAGAAGAAAAAAAAAAAAAGGAAAAAAAAGAUAUGACAGGAAAAA